AACUUUUGAAAUUAGUACGAUUUGAAUAUUGGAAGCGAUCGCUGAAGUGCGUUUGACGAGACGAAAUGACAAAGUUUAACCUGGCGGCAAUAUUUGUGGUUCUGACCCUAGCUGGUUGCAUCCACGCUCAGUAUAGGAACUUCAACAAAGAACUGCGUGACUAUUUUCCGACACAGGUCGGCAAAUCGAACUUCACCCUGGAAAACGCAAGAGAUCUGCUCUACAAAAAGUGCAAAAAGGUCUUGCUGAAUGGCACCACGCCGCCCGAGGAUCAAUACGAGAAGAUAGAGCGGGCGGCCCACCAACUCAUCGACUGUGCCAACAACAUUGUCAACAUCACCGUUGUCAUGGAGGAAAUCGAGGCUGCCAGCCCCACCGGAGAUCUGGACGUGGUGCUCGCCAAGUACUGCAGGAAAAUGCCGCUGGCCAAGCAGUGUCUGGCUGAAUUCAAUGACCAGCUGAUGAUGUGCUUGACUCCAAGCGAGCGUUCGCAGAACGCUGAGAUGAUGCGUAUCGUUGACUCGCUGUUGAAUUUUGCCUGUCACCAGAAUGGCGAAGCAAUCGCCCUUUUCAUUGCCGAGGACGGGCCAAAGUGCCUGGAGGACAACAAGGACAAUAUUGCCAAGUGCAUGAAUGCCACGUUCUCGGCCUACCUUCCUGCAGAAAUGCCGUCGGAAUUGCCAGAGUUCGUGAUGGGACCCAAGCAGUGCAUAGACAUGCAAGAUUUUGAAAAAUGCUUGAUUCGCCACAUGGAGACCUGCACUGAGGCAACCCCAGCCGGCCUAAUCGAGGCGUUAUUCCGGUAUGUGCGCAAGGAGACGGUGUGUCAGGCGGAAAUUGAUAAGACUAAGGCGGCCACACAGCACUCGAAGAAUUCCUCGCCGAUGCAAACGAUGCCGAUGAUGCCUUGGUCUGCGACCAUCUUUUUGUUGUUAUUCAUUCUCCAAUAAACUCGAAUAAACCCCCGCAACCAGAGUGUGUAA